UCUCAACCCCACCAUUCCAGUUGCACUUUUUCCGCAGAACACAACACCAAAACUCCACGACUCGGUCUUCAAGAUCAGUCGCCAAGAUGAAGGCCACUUCCAUCAUCAUCACCAUCAUCUCCCUCUUCCACAGCGGCUCCGCCCACGCCACCGAAGGCUUCCUGCAGACCUGCUCCAACUUUACCCUGCGAGACCUCAACGGCGUCAAGGGCCGCUCGCCGAUCCUCACCGCCACCUGCAAGACCAUUGACCAGAACACCAAUUGGUCCGAACUGAACCUCAACAACUGCCUCGGCUGGUCCGCCGUCGACUGCAGGUUCAUCUUCCCACCGUCUGGGGGCUUCACCGACUCCGUCACCGGCUGCAACAACACCUUCUACGGCGGCGACGAGCACUUUGGCGAGAACUUUGGCUGUUACGGCCCGUGUGUUGCCAGCGAUCCUGAUGAGUAUUAUGAUGUCUUCAUUCUGAACUCCGUCAUCGGCAACACGGACGGCAGCCUUUCCUGCUAAGUUCACGAUAGUAUAUUACUCUUUAGUGGCACCAUUUUUGAAAAAUCGGUGAUGAAUUUGACAAGAUCUAUGACUGGUGGCGGCUCAGGCUUGGCAGGGGUCUACGUACCUAGGUAAAUCAGGUAGAUACCGAGGUAGCCGGCCUUGACUCGCAAGCCUUGUGUAGAAAUAGCGGUGACAAUCGACUUAUUUACUUCAA